GUCUAUGAAUUACCGAAUGCAAAGUCCUUCAUGGCGAUGUCGAGAGAAUCAAAGUGUAAAUAGUGAAAUACCGCAUGCUAAUUAUUAUCGACAGAUUCGGUAUUAGAUUUAGAAUCGGCCCUUCAGACGGCAUUCGUCUCGCAAUUUUCGUUCGACCGGAUCGUACAGACUGGGGCAAAGCAGCUAAGUUCGUUACACUUCCAACUCAGAAUGGACUCCAAUUCAGAACACCAAUUAGGUGGGCAACCACCAUCAUCAUCAUCACCACCAUCAACAACAAUACCACAAGCACAGGCCCAAACAUCAUCACCUGCAUCAGUACCUCAAUACAAACCAGAAGUACCUCCUCGACCACCACGAUCAUCAUCACCAUUACCACCAUCACCAUCACCACCAUCACCAUCACCAUCACCACCACCACCUCCAUCAUCAUCAUCAUCGCCAGCACCGCAGACCGAAUCUUCACCUGCAACACCACCACCUCCACAAAGCAAGCCUUCAUCACCACCACCACCACCACCAACAAAAGCAUCACCACCACCACCCCCACAAAGCAAAACCCGAUUUGA